AUGAAACAAUCCCUACUAAUGAAAGUUAUUAAAAUUCGUGAUCAGAAAGAUUUUCAAAGGCUUCGUCGUAUUUGCACAAACGACUCUAUUGAUGAUGAUGAUGAUGAUGAUGAUGAUGAUGAUGAUGAUGAUGAUGAUGAUGAUGAUGAUGAUGAUGAUGAUGAUGAUGAUGAUGAUGAUGAUGAUGAUGAUGAUGAUGAUGAUGAUGAUGAUGAUGAUGAUGAUGAUGAUGAUGAUGAUGAUGAUGAUGAUGAUGAUGAUGAUGAUGAUGAUGAUGAUGAUGAUGAUGAUGAUGAUGAUGAUGAUGAUGAUGAUGAUGAUGAUGAUGAUGAUGAUGAUGAUGAUGAUGAUGAUGAUGAUGAUGAUGAUGAUGAUGAUGAUGAUGAUGAUGAUGAUGAUGAUGAUGAUGAUGAUGAUGAUGAUGAUGAUGAUGAUGAUCCCUCCAAAUUUCCAACACUUACUAUUGAAAAAAUAGAACCACGAAAUUCACAACCACUGGUGAACUUUUCCGCCGUUGUCGAAUGCCGUGUAAAAUUUUUUGAGGAUUUAGUUUACACACCAGCCACUCUCCGGAUACAAGCAAAUCCAGCUUAUGGUAUCAUAUCUAGACAAAAAAUCCAGACAGUUGGAUAUUUAUUGAAAAGUAUAGUGCCUGUAUGGCCUACUUACACUAUAAAACCUGAUUCAAUUACAGUAGAAAUUUCCGCGAUAUACUUUAACGAAACAUGUACUGAUGCUCAGUGUGAUAUAGCAUUUCGUUAUUCAGUAAUGCCACUCACCACAAUCCCAUUCGUUAUCAACUUCACGUUUUCCACUCUUGGAUCUACAUUCAUGAAGACAUUAACAAUCACCGCUGAAACAAACUAUUCUGUUCAGAUGAUGGAUAUACAAUUUACUACUUACAUAGAAGGGGAUUGCAAUACAACAGAGACAGAAACAUAUUCGUUUCCAAGCUGGUAUAAUAUAAGUGGCAACGCAAAUAAUAUUAGUUCAUCUAAUAUGGACUUCGUAAUCACACCAAAUUUUCCAGUUUACACUGAUAUAAUGGUCGAAUUAUUUCCAAUUGAAGUUAAUCUUCAGCCAGGUCAAAGAACAACUAUUACUGUGAAUUAUAUAUUUCCACUAAGUUCCACCUAUCCAAACUCGUCUGUAGAAAUCAGUGGAGGAGGAGCAAACAAUAAAAAUGAGACUAUAAUUAGUGUCAUUGAUUUCAAAAUAAGCUUAGGUUCAAAUUUAGUCCCCCUGACGACCACUUAUUCAUCAACCUAUAAGCCAAAUAAUCAAACAGGCCUAAUGGAUCGCCUGAUAAUUCAAUUUAAAAAUAUCGCAAAUAUCGGACAUUGUUCUCAAUUUAUAGGAACCGUGAGUGUACCUCUAAUGCGCAACACUGCCAGCCUUUCAAUAGAUAUCCAGUUAAGUGAUAGUAGAAGUGUGGAAAAUGGAACUGUCUGGUUGCUGCAAUUUACUGGUCAAUUCAAUAAUAUUACAAAACUCACCAACUUAUCUGUAACUUGUGUCAGAACUGGCUUGGAAAAACCUUCAAUCAAAGUUGUACCAUCCCAGUUAUCACUGACUGCAUCCAAUGAUUGCCCUGAUCGAGAUGAGGUUUAUCUUCAAACUCUGGUUCAAAUGAUGAAUGGUACCGGAUUGGAAUGUGAAAGACAGUCAAUAAUCUUCUAUCUCAGUCCACAAAUACAAUCAAUUGAUGUAUUUAAUAAAACGGGGAAUAUAGAUGAUAUAACAUUGAAAACCCCUUUAAAUCCAGUAUCCAAAUCGAUUCAGUUCACAACUGGUCAGUUAUACUUUGGUAAAAGCUACGCAGCUAUCUUUCGAUUGAAAUUUAAAUCAUCUCGUACAUCUGUUGCGAAAUUUCCAGUUCUAAUCGAAGUUGUAUGUAAACCGUAUGAACGUAACAUCUCUGUCUUUAGUAGCUGUGUAAGAUCAAAAUUUUACAAAUUUAGAUCUCAUAUACUUGUCGAACUUGACUACAAUACAUACUCUUAUCCAUGUGAUUUACCUCAUUAUAAUGCAUUACGGAACCCUGCUGUGCAGUUGUUUAGCCGUCAGUCAGAUACAUUCUUAAAUGUUCGUGAUCUUCUGUUUUAUUGUGGACGUGCAUUUCAUAUAAAGGGGUCAUUUGAUUUGGAGAGACGUUGCUUCAUGAUCAGCACUUUACCUGACAGAAUAUGGACCGAUAUGGGACCAUCUGUUGAACAGAUUAUAGCAUACACAAAUCCACUUGGCAUGUUGUUCGGUUUGGGAUCAAAUGGUGGAGGUGCAGUAAUGAGUAAGGAUUUGGGAGAAACAUGGAUUUCAAUCAACGCAUUCGUGUAUCAAAAGACUUUGAAUACUUCGACUGAAAUCAUCACAGCGAGUGUCAUGCCAUGGAUUUCAUUCACUGGACCGAUUGACAAUACACUGUUUGAGUCAUUUUGCAGGAUGCGAGUGGCUAAACAAUGGAAUGGUAAGGGAUAUGAAGUUACGAAUCUCGACGAAUUUAUCAAAUUUCUGUUUAAUUGA